AUGUGGUUGAGCGAUGGUCAAAAAAUCGGUAUUGCCCUCGUGGCAUUUGGUAUAUUCUUCCAGUUUCUGGGGAUAAUGUUAUUCUUCGAUGGACCUUUAUUGGCAUUAGGAAAUAUCCUAUUUCUAUCCGGACUACCAUUGAUCAUAGGUCCAACCAAGACGUUCUACUUCUUCUCUAGGAAAGAGAAAUGGAGAGGUACAUUAUGUUUCUUUGGUGGAAUAUUAUUGGUAUUUUUCAAAAGACCUAUAAUUGGUAUAUUAAUUGAAUUCGUUGGAUUCAUCGGUUUAUUCGGUUCAUUCUUCCCCGUCAUCCUUCAAGCACUCCGACAAACUCCUUUCAUAGGUACUUUCCUAUCUCUACCUUAUAUACGAGGGGCCGCAGAUAAAUUAGCAGGUGUCAGACAAAGUGCUGUAUAA